GAGGUUGCGUCUGCGGACUCCCAGCGGUCAUACCCUGAAGUCAAGAUGGCGGAAAGCAGAGUGUUUUCAAUGAUCACAAAAGAUGAGGACGAAACUGACGAAGACGACUUCCACUGGAAAGAGAUCCAGACACACCACGAUUCUUCUGCCGUUUUCCCAUUCGCCUCGUUUAGUAAAAUAAGAUGCUUAGAAUCGACCAGAAUUGCUGCUGGUGAGAACUUCCCGCCUACCAGUAACGAACCGCCGACGGAAUCAAACUCAAAACACGUUAUUGUGAGUACCUUAAACACGGACCAAAAUGGCCCAUCAAGAAUGUCCCUCAACGAUCAUAAAGCAGGAAUGGAAGGUUUGGACAAAGAACAGAUAAAUAAGAUUAUUUACGAAUCCAGUAAAGGGUCACGGUUCUACGAGAACGAGCUCAAAAGGGAAAAACAAGUUAACGAGCGAAUAAAGCGGCAGAGUGAAAAGCUCGGUGCAUGCUCAGAGCACGAGCUGGCAGAGGCUAUGGUUGAAGCUGAUCGUGUUGUACAAGAGCUUGAGAGUGGUCGAGACAUGAGUCGCACAAUCGUCCAUGUUGAUAUGGAUGCAUUUUAUGCUGCAGUUGAGAUGAGGGAUGACCCAUCGCUCAAGGACAAACCAAUGGCUGUGGGGUCGACUAGUAUGUUAUCCACAUCAAAUUACCCUGCCAGACGGUACGGGGUGAGAGCUGCAAUGCCGGGGUUCAUUGCAAAGAAGCUUUGUCCACAUCUGAUUAUAGUACCACUACAUUUUGAUAAGUAUAGAGCGGUUAGCAAGAUUGUCAGGGGCAUCUUCAGGGAAUAUGAUCCAAGGUUUGUGCCUAUGAGUUUGGAUGAGGCAUAUCUGGACUUAACUGAUUAUUUGAUAGAAAGACAAAGGAAAACAGAAAAGAGGUUAUUUUACAAAAAGGUGUAUAGGCAAACCAGCCCGUCAGCAGGAGUGCCCUCAGAGUCUGAGUCAUCUGAAGCUUGUGGUAGUAAUACAGCACAAGAAAGUGAGAAUGUACCCAGUGUUGCCGAGAGUGUUGGGGAGCCCAUAGAGUUUGGAAAUGAUGUAAAAGAUGUCGUUCAAGAAAUCAGGUUUAGAAUUGAAAAUGAAACUCAACUGACAGCAAGUGCAGGGAUUGCAUGUAAUGUGCUGCUUGCCAAGGUUUGCACUGACUGCAACAAACCCAAUGGGCAGUUCUACUUGAAACCUGACAGAGAGGAAAUUGUGAGCUUUGUCAAAACUCUCCCUAUCCGGAAAAUCAGUGGGAUCGGAAGAGUGAGUGAGCAAAUGUUAAAAGCCUUAGGUGUGAUCACUUGUGCUGAUUUGUUUGAAAAGAGAGACUUGUUAGUUCUGCUCCAUUCGGAUAUAUCAUCAAGGUUUCUUAUUGAAGUGGCCUUAGGGUUAGGGGCGACAAGACUUGAGACUGAUCGUGGGAGAAAGAGCCUUGGCACCGAGAGAACUUUCUCAGAAAUUAGCAAUCCAGCACAACUUUUUAGUGAGUGUGAACAACUCUGCAAGGCAAUCGCUGUUGACAUGAAUGAAGAAGGGUUACGACCUAAGACUGUCACUAUCAAACUGAAAACAAUUAACUUUGAAUUAAAAACACGUUCAGUAUCCUUCCGACAAGGUAUAACUUCUGAAAAAGAAUUAAUUGCUUCUGCAUUUGAUCUUCUUGGUAAAGAGAUCAAAGCAUGUGAACCAAAGCCACUCAAGUUGCGGCUUAUGGGAGUUCGCCUUUCUAAUUUCAUUAAUGCCAAGUCAGCUCAAUCAGACGCCAUAACAAACUUCUUUUCAAAGAAGGAAACAAACACAGAGGAAAAAGGUUACAAUGAAAUGCUUUUCACCUCUGGUGCUGAUAAUCCCUGCAGAAGUCUUGGUAAUGAAGAAUGCAGUUGGCUACCUUCUAUGCCCCAAGAAUCAGAUACUGUUCAAAUUAAAAAAAGAGAAUUAAACUGUGAGGAUAGUUUUGAUCCAACUGAUGGUGAAUUAAAGGGAAUUGAGUUUGAAAAGAGUCAAAUUUUUACAGCUACCUGCCCAGUUUGCAGUAGACUCUUGUCCUAUAGCAAGCAAGAUUAUCUUAUUGACUUUAACAAGCAUGUUGAUAUGUGUUUGAAUACUACAGCUAUCCAGGAAGCAUUGUCAGAAGAACAACAAAGAUCAGUAAAUGAGAGUACUAGACAUACAUCAUCCAAGAUAUCUCCUACAAAGUACAAGGCUGGCAAGAGAAGGUCACAAGGCAAAGUAGGCUCUCAGCCCAAGAAACGAACUCUGGAAACAUUUUGGUCCAAAUGAACAAGAGAAUAUCCAUAUGAUGGUCAGAUGAUGUGUUUAGUAGUGAAGGUCAGCCACAGUCCUGAGAAAUAUGCCACCCUAUGUACUGUAUGUGCAGUAUGAGUCCUGUCCCACGCUGGAUAAGCCUAAAAAAAUGUUGGUAGGUCAAUCUCGUGAUAAGUAGACAACAUUUUUGCCUUGCUUUGAUCUUAAAUAAUGUUAGGUCCUAUUAAUAUGCUUAAAUUGCUAUACUUUGUGAGAAGAUCCUUAAAUAACUAGAAUAAUCAUCUUACAUCACAUUUUGUAUAUAAAUAAAACAAAGUAUAGAGAAUAGGCUAUUUUGAAAACAGAUAACAAAACAUAUUGUAUUUAUACUGCUAUAAUCUGAAAGUGAAUUUUAACCAGUAAUUGUUGUGUAUUUAUUAAAGUACAGUAAUCUUUUGAACUAA